GGUGUUUCUGUGCCCGAUUACAACGAGAGACGUUUUCAAGGAGAAGAGCGAGAGAAUAGGUAAGCUUAGCGAAAUCUCGUCGACGAAAGACUUGGCGAGUUUUUAAAAUGUUAUUGUUAUCUCCGUGUAUUCGAAACCGGAUGCCAAUGUGAUCAGCGUCAAACGUGAAAUAUUCAGUCGGAUUUCCUGCACAGGUACAUUCGUUAGAAAGAAAGAGAUGGAACCAUACCGCGCGAUAUUACAGUGUGUCCAAAUGAUAAAUAAUCGAGCGUAAAAUCAGGUGUUCUCGCUCGUUGAAGGAUGGACAGGCUGCGAUCAUCAGGCUUGAAUCACCGCGAGAGCCACCAGCACCUGGACGAAACACCUUUGCGCGGAGAUCGUCCGAGGUAUCGCAGGACCAAUUCCGAGCUGCUUAGCGGCGAAAAUUCGAUCAAUCCUCGCCUAUGGUUUCUACCAUCCAUCUCCCAUCAAGCGACUGCCGACGAGAGUCGCGAGCGAUGUCAUACUCAGGACUUAUGUAUGGCAAAGCCAGACGAUGGAAAAACUGUUCGAGUGAGACCGGGUCUACCGAUUGUGAGAAGAAUUUAUCCCGGCGACAGAUUCAUACCACGUCGACACGGUUACAAUUUUCAAGCGGCGUCAUAUCACUUGUCAACGCGGCAACUCGACGAUUCGGAGAAUAAAAGGGAGAUAGACUAUUGUAAACAGGUCGAGUUGCUGGACGUUACGUACCAACGCGAAGCUAUGCGUGCAAUGAUGAUGAGUCAGGAAUGCGUGCCAGGUUUGAGUCAGAGGAGGAUCCUGCAGACCUCUGUCGAGCUUUGUCCCCGAGGUUCGAACAAUUCUGCCACGCAAGGGCGCUCGGAAUCCGAAACAAAGGGAAAAUGGAAGUGCGCGCCACGCAAAAAGCGUCUGAUAAAAAGCGCGGAGAAGAUGCUGAGCUUGUCAGCCGAUCAAAUUAUUGCUCGACCAAUUGACUGGAGCUGCAUGGACGUGUUCGUAGUGGGUUGUCAGAACGGUUUGACGAUAUACGACAGCAAUGGCACAAUGUUGGAUACGUUACUCUCGGACAUUCCUUCCGUCGUUAAGUGGAGUAACGAUGGUGUCAAGAUAGCAUGCACGUUUCCCAGUUCAAAGGAGCUCAGGCUCUACGAUUCACAAAAGAAAAAGUUUCUAUGGAGUGUUCCCUGUUUCUGUUCUUUCCACACAUUUGUAGCCUCGUCGUGCAGGAAUUGUUGCAUCUGUUGGUCUCACGACGAUCGUCUGAUUGUAACCUCAUGCUCGGGCACGCUAUCGGUACUACAAUCGAGCACAGGCAAGGUGCUGCAGAGGAAACACGCGCACUUCUCUAACAUCAUGACCCUGAACUUCUCGUCCAAUUUCAAGUAUCUCGUGUCAACUGCGAAAGACAAUUGCGUCCGUAUACAUACCUGGCCGAAUUUAACAGAUUGGUACAAUAUCGAGUUUCCCACUUUUGUGAAGGCGGUGGCGUGGCAUCCAGAAAAGUCCGGACUGCUUUGCAUAGGAGGAUCAAAGGACGCCUCGUUGUCGUUGUGGAACGUUAACACGUACGCGAUGAUAGACUACCUACCUGCAAAGUUUCAAGGUUGCGUGGAAAAUCUCGCCUGGAACAAAUUAAGCGGCGAGCUGCUCGUACAUUGGUCGUACGCGGUAGGGAGGAAACGACACUCCGUCUUUCCGAUCCUCGCCAAUUUCGAACGGGUAGUCGACGCGAUACCGCUGGAUAAAGACGAACAACUCUCCUUCCUCAAGUUUAACGCCGCGCAUAAGCAGCUAGUGACAUGCUGCAACGACGUGUUUUCGAUAUGGAAUUUUUUCGGCGAUGAAAAACCGCCGGGAACGCAAUGUCGGCCUCUUUACAGUACCGCGAAGGUGCGAGGAGAUAUUGUCCGAAGCAAUUGGAUUCGAUGAUUGUCCGAAGAGAUUACCCUAUUACUACGGGAAUGUUGUUUGUUUCCAUCCUUUUAAUAUCAAUUCGUAUCAAAGGAUAUACUAAUGGUGGUGUGUGCGCUUAAUGUGGUGAGAUGUAACAUUGUGUUCGGUGCUAUCUGUUCGAAAUUGACCAAAACCAAAGACCAAAGAAACACGGAGCGUCGUUCCCUCCCUACCGCGUGCGAUGUUCGACAAUGUCCACGACAAGUUCGCCGCUCAAUUUGUCCCAGGCUAGAUUUUUCACGCAACCUUGAAAGGUUGACUUUGCAGGAUAGGUAAUCUAUCCUGCAUCGCGUAUGUAUUAAUGUUCCAUAGUGACAACGAGAUUGUCGUUGUGUGGAAUAUUAACACGUACGCGCGACGAUAGCAAAGCAGUCCGGACUUUUCUGCUGCUGGACGCCACCGCCUGUCAAGUAUAUAACGAAAUAUAUGCUUCCUCGCAUUACAUGUAACAUGUAUCAUACACACACACACACACACCACACACAUUAAUAUAUCCUUUCGCAUCCAAAUUUUACAUUUUGUACAUUGUGUUUUAUUUAUUUUGCAACAUACACACAUG